CAACUUUUCUUUACAUUUAUUAAAGGUUGUUAUGGCGCCGGGCAGCAAGAUGAAGGAAAACGAAACAGACGAAGAAUACUUGAUUUCUAUGGCACGGAGCUGCCAGAAAAGUGAUCCCUAUUUUACGAAGUCUUGGAUGCUUACGGCAAAAACACUUUUUCCAGAAAAUUUCGGAAUACAGUAUGAAGCCUACUGCCUGGCUUCAGACAGUGGAAAUAUCAAAGAGGCAUCGGGCUACUUGGAGGAAAUGUUCAGGAAGUUUCCAACAGAACACCGUCUCUGGGAUGAGGUGUACAAGAUAGCCAAUGCCCUUCGAGCCGACACGCUUGAUGGCAAAGUUGCUGUCCUGAGAGAUAUGUUUAAUCACCUGCCAACAGCCUCACAGCAUGACAUCUUACUUUCUAUAGCCGAACAUUGCAUGGACACAGCCGAGCACUGCAGGCUCAUGCUGCUCCUCUUGCGAAAGUUUCCUGAGAAGGUGGUGGAACAUGGUGUGAAGCUGAUUGACACACUACAAAUGGCCGAGAAGCAUAGCCAUUGCCAAACGCCGCUGAACCAGUUUAGAAAAUUGCUUGUAUGUGAUGUGGCUCCUCUGGUUCUGAAGGUGGGUGUGGAGCUCCCAGUCAAGCAGACAUACAGGCUUAUCCAUAAAUGCAUUGAGUUCUACACAAUGUUCAUUUAUGCACCAAACAGGAACAAGCUCGACCUGUUCAUGAAGCCAGGUCUUGAAGGUGCUGGAGGAGGCAGCAGCACCGAAAGUGGCAGUGGUACUUCGGAGGCUGAGCUGUGGCGGCAGCUGUUCUCGUUUAUGCUAUGUGCUGGGCGGCGCCUGCGCUGGGAGCUGUCAGAGCUGCUGCAAGAGCCCCUGCCACUACUCCAGGAGAGCCACUGGCAGCACAUUCGUGCCCUGCUGCGAGCACGGCCGGCACCACCCCCGACCGACCUCACAGCAGGCGCUGCUGCGGCUGCUGCUAUGGAACCCGAAGAACUUGUGGCUACACACAAACAGGUCUUCUACUGCACCAUUGUGAUAUUUCUGCAUGCACUCUACAACUAUGGAAAGAACAUCAACCCUUCCUGGUUCCCAGGUACUACCAGUGAUAUCCAGUGCAUUCUGUUAGAGGGGCCGCGGUGGGUGAGCCCAGCAUCUGAACAGCCAAAACACAAGAAAAGAAAAGUUGAGCCUGAGGGAAAGGAGGCUGAGCCGCCUGCCCUGACAGUGAGCAAGUGCGUCCCUGCGGAAUCAGCGGUCGUGUUGACACAGAGCUUCCUUACGGCUAUACGCUGCUGGUCCAUUCUGCAGUAUCUAAAGAAAGAACUGGCCCGGCUGUCACAACACAUUCAUCUGGAGGAGUGGCCCUGGUUCCAGUCCUUUCUUAUAGAGUCGCUCAUCUACCAGGACCAGCCCAAAGAAGCCAUUGCAAAGCUCUACAACGUAGCCGAGACGACAACCGAUCCAUCAACAAAGAACAAGGUGAACCUUCAGUUAGCCAGCUGCUUUCAUUCCUUCGGGGAGUCCUCAGCAGCUUGUUCCAAGCUUCUGGAUGUUGUGUGCUCGUUGCCUGAGACCUCGGUGGCUGCCUCAGCUACACCAUACCACACACCAGAAACACUGCAUAGAAAACCUGAACGGAAGUUAGUGUUUGCCUGCUAUGACAGGGCGGAGGUGCUUCGCUUCUGUAUGAAGACCCUGAUAACGUGUUUUAAGGACAAAGUUCUCAUGCAGUUUAGCCGAGAUGACCUUGCUCUGGGCCACUUGAUAGUGAUGACUCAGUAUGACUGGCCUGAGGAAGAGCCGCUCUUUCUUAAGCUCCUUGACGUCAUCAAAAAGCAGGGGAACUUCUGCUAUGGCCUCUUCUUCAACUACCUCAUCAAUGCUGACAUGCUGGAGGAAUUUAUGUACAUCACUACUAGCAAUGGAGGUGGAGUCACUCUGGACCUGUUGCCAACUUCCACUACUCAGGUUGGAAGGCAGAGAGCUGUGACACGGGGAGUCAACAAAGGAGCCAAAGAGGACCUGAAACUGGCCAUGGAGAAGCAGAUGGCACGCUGCGAUGAUGACCUUGAGCAGCUUCUGGUCAACUUUGUCCAGCAAGAGCGAGAGCUUCUUGAGCAGCAGCUCUGAGUGCAGAGCUCAGCUGGAAGCCGCAUUGCCCUUCUCGAUGAUCUCAGCAAAGCACUCCUGAUCGUCGGGGCAUACCUUUGCCCUGUUGUAGAGUGCACCGUAAUGCCACUUUCUGGUCAAUUGCAAGGUUGCCAAGUAAUGAUAAGUUUCAGCUAUCUGCAGCAGUUUCAGCUAGCAUAUUGCACCAGAUGGUGCUGCAUUUCUGUUUGCAGGGCCCUUAAAUGCCAUCUAGGGGGAAAUCCUAGCAGCAUAGGAAGCAGUGCCAAUGUAGAUCCAUGUUGGGUCACAGCAGUCUUGCAUUGGGCAACAUUGGCAUGGCAUUUCUUCUGCUUACAUUGCAACUUAACAUGGUUAGGGUUCAAAAAGGACCGUGAGGCUGGCAAUGCAUUUUGAUUAAGUUACUCUGCAAUUGACUGCAAGAUUUUAUUGUUGGAAGGCUGUGGAAAAAAGCAAAGAGAAUAGGAAGAGAUGCUAAUCGUGGGGAAAUGAAGUUCAGCUGGCUUCUUACUAAAGGAAGAAAGCUUAACUGAUCCUUGGCCAACUUUACCUCGAUGAGUACAAGUGAGGUUUGUGACGGUUUUACCUCCAAUGCUGUGGCACCACUUAUGAAAAGGAAAGUGCUAAUCUUGGCCUAAUGAUCUCUCUGAAACCGUAGACUUUAGAGGAGGAGCCUGUCAUUGUGUGGCUCAUUUAUCUUGGACGCAGCAGAAUAAUGUAUUCAUUUUCAGUUGUGAUCGUGCACUUUCUUUUUUUCCCAGCAUCAAGAUUUACACCUGUGGUUGAAAUGCAGACUCUUACUUGCAGCUGUUAUCUGUUGCCACUGUGUGGUCAUGAUACAUUCAUCUAGGAACACUGCAGUUUACAGCGGCAGUAGUUAACAACAAGUACAGUCUUAACACUUCUGCCGUUACUAAGAAAAACCUCAUCAAUGACAGUCAUGUUAAAUUAUUUCCCACCAUGACAUUGUUUGCUGUUAAGAGCAUCAGUAAUGAUGGACAUGACUAAGCAGCAGAAGCAGUUACGUGCAUUACGUGGAAAAGAAAUGCUAGCUUAUAACAAUUGCAUUGUACCAUCAGUUUCCAUAAAGUGUACCCUGCGAAUAUAUUGACCAUGGCACACAAUGCUCAAUAAAAUAAAAUUAAAAAAUGUUGGA